CGAUCAUGAUGCUGCAAGCACCCCCCGCUCUCCUGGGCAAACCUGGCGAAGUGGCAUGAAUUUGCUGGUGAAAUAAGGCAGACAAGGAGCAAAAGCAGCUCAAAAAUCUAAGGAUUCACCGUUCAGCAACGAAAUAUGAUGGUACUACGGCUCCUCUUUUCACGCCCUCCCAACUCAGAGCACAAGCAGCCCCUCCUGCAGCACGACCACGGCACCGCGCUCGCAUUGCACACGGGGAAAUAUAAUCAGGCAGUGGAGCAGCAGGGAUUUGUCACGGACUGUCCCGUUGGGGACAGGAUGGCCCUGCCUCCCUGGUGCCCAUUUGCUGCCCCGAUGCCACACGACGUUUGUCAGACGCGGGCUCUCAGGCAGGGCAGGCAGCCAGGAGGCUAUAUUUAGCAACAGCAAGAAAACAGGCAGCCGAAUCAGCUGACUGGAGGCAGGGAGCCUGAUGCACGGGUUAGUUUUAGACAGCACAUAUUCUGUACUGAAAACAAGGAGGGAGAGACGCGGGAGCCAGGGAGCUGAAAGCCGCCCAUCGCUCCGCACCAGGCAGCGGUGCAGCCAUGGCACCCCGGAUAAGACUGAGUCUUUCAAAGCCUCUCCCAACCAUAUGCGAAACCCACGAGGAAGCGAUGGAAGAUUCAACCAGCAACUCGAAGCGCACUGGAAGCACUGCAGCCAGCCCAGACUCGUACUCCAGCGAUGAUUACAUUCAAUCCAUCUGUCACCUCGCCAGCCCCACCUUCCCGGGCCUUCCUGAAAGCAGCCGUAAGGUUCAGGACAGAAAGACCCUGAAGACCCCUGAAGACGUGUCAUGGCCCCCGUCCCUUGUGGGGGCACAGCAGGAAACAUCAAAAUGUAAAUUGACCCAUUUCAUCUCAAACGUGGUGCCGUUGGGAAAAGCCACGCCUGCAGACGCUGACUUCUGGUCCAGAGAGGACCCCCUGGCACAGAUUUACACCCACACAGGAAAGCUCUGCUCCUCCAAGGCCUCUUCAUAUGGCAAAAGCUCCAGCACUGGUUACUCACACCGCAACUCUUCCCUCCCAAACGGUGAACUUCAUUCCCCAACCACAAAAGAAAAAGCCACAGGGAAACCAAAUCUGCCGCGAGUAUUCAGUUUUCCAAGGCUUCCUUCCCCAAGACCGGUGCAGAAAGAAGCGGUCUGCUCAGAGCCGAAGGAUGUCAGAAGAGAUGAGGGAGCAGUUUUAGGGAGUAACCACAGUCAGAAAGAAAACAGCCCCGUGUUUGUUACUGGUGAAGAGCUAUUGCCAUGCUCAGCCAGAGGGAAGCUGCUGGGAAACCCGGAAUUCUGCUGCUCUGUGAGAAGGCAGAGUUGUUUGCUCAAUACAGUGUGCACCGAUGAAAAAAAAGGGAGAGAAACUUCUCACUGUGACAAAAAUGUAAGGGGUGAUGUCGCCACUAAGCAGAGAUACUCCGAGUGUUUCCAGGUACCUAAAAAAGCCAUGAUCCAUAACUGGAUUUCGGAGCACAGAUGCAUCUGGAAAGAAGCAAAGGUAAAAGCUUGUUUGCUCCCAGCCAUUGCUGAAGUGUGAAGAAGUAGCUGCUUAGAAUAAUUUUAUUCACAAGAAAUAACCACCCUGUGCUCUAGAAGCUCUCCCUGGAGUCCUUACACAGAAAAACAUGGCUUGAAUGUGCAUGCAAGUCAGGCAGACCUUUGUGAUCCAUCAUAUCCCUCAUCAGUGGGCAACGGGACAAUUCAGUCUCAUCCACUAAGGAAACAGCAACUAAUUCUCAUUUUGGAAAGGCAACAGUUCAUAAAGCAUCUCCCCCCUCAAUUGCCUCAGACUGCCUCGAUCACGGAGAAAAACUGGAGACAAUACCAACCCCAUCUGUUCUGGAGGAGGAGAGAUCUGCCGGAACACCAAAUUACUGGUGUUUUCCAGCAAAUGCCAAACAGCCAGAUGUUGCUCCCACCCAGGUACAGUUAUUCUGAAAGGACCAUUUUGACCGAUGCUUGGACAGUACUAAAUGUGCUCUCUCUCACGUAUACACUUAACAGGAAACCCAUUAUCGAUCACUGCAUCAGCACCAGAAUACCACAGGAUAAGUCACCUGUUAGUGCAGUACCAUAAAGAUAUAUUUUUUAAAAAUUAUAAGAAGUCUUUUAUGAGGAUUUGCUAGAGGGCAACAUGGAGAAUAUUAGAACUCCUCCAGGUGGGGAUUUUCCUCUUGCUUACCCUGGCACAACUCUGUUACCUUCACUCCUUGAUUUACCCUUGGCAGGAGGAGCCCAGGGCGGGCAUCACCAUGCCAGUGCUGCGGCUGUGCUGGAGCUGUGACAACCUGCGAUGCCAGCUGGAAAACACCAGGUAUCACAGCGGGCCCUGCACUGUCACACCCGCACCAGCCAGGCCGCACACCACAGGCACCCACAGGGUUUGCUGCCCCGGUGCAGGAGCCCCACGAGCUCCCACACAGCUCUGCGGGCUCAGCGGCACGACAAGAGCAGCAGCUUUGGCUGAGGGACAGCCUGGGGAUGCUGGGCUGGCGUUCACGGGACCUGAAUGUAAAAUAAGAAUUUCUGGGUUUCCUUUCAUAUCUGUGCUUCUGUGUUCUCACCUACCUGACCCCGCUAACAAUGCUGAGCUUCCUGCGCCUGGUGCUGUGAGACUGAAACAUGAAAAAACCGCAGCAUAAGAGCAUAGUAUGACAUUCAGCACAUAACGUACGUAAAACAACCCUGUUGGUGUUAGUGCUGCAUGGGGUGUCUGUAGGAAGAGAAGCGUUCCUGCCUCGCUGUGAGAUCCCGGCGUGGUGUGGUGAGCAUGCACCCAGGUCAUCCCUCGCUGCUGCACGGAGACAUCUCCGGCCAGUGAACCUGUCUCUCAUCAGCGCCUCCUCCUGCAGUCAGAGCAAUCCCACGUGCCUGCAUUUGGUACAGCACUCUCCGUAGCCAGCCGAGAGAAGUAGGUGAGAAAACUGCAAAGCAGUACUAGCAUAAUUAUUAUUACUACUAGGAAUAAAUCUUUUGGUGGCACAGAGGAGAGCAGAGGGACCAAGCUGUUUGUUCAACUGCAGCUAAGAUGGGAAAUACCUUUGGAAAUCUGCAAUUAUAAAAACGCUCACAAGCGAUGUCUAAACCACCUUUGAACAGAUUAAAUCAGAAGGCAACUUCUGCUUAGCACCAACAUAAGUGUAAAUACGCUCGAGGAUCAAAAGGUGAGCAUAUUUGAGCUUCUCAUUCUCACAUGUCUUACCUCAAAUAUUUUUUCUCCUGUUGAAACUCAUUAGCACUAUGGAGCUGAACUGCUUCUCAUCUUCAUUUUUGAACUAACCGCACAGCGAGAACAAAAGUGAAGGCGGCUCCAGCAUUUAUUAGAGCUGAUGGAGAGAGUUGAGUCAAAGAAGGUGCCAGCCCCCUCCGCCUCCUCCGCAUCUUUCCCUUCCUUCUCAGGUUAACGCUGGGAUUUAAGUGAUGCUUGUCCUCAUUGCCCUGCUGACAUUUUAAUUUCUCUCCAUGUGAAUAUUUAUGACACUAAUACCUAGCAAGUCUUGUGCCAAUUGCAUGUAUCACUGCUUUUGACAGAGAAAACAAAUAAAACCGUUACAUCGA